UACCUCUCAUCUUCAGGAUUGAGCACGCAUAGAUAUAUACACGCUAGAGUGGCCCUUUCUCGUCGAUGAAUCGGAUUGUUUGAUCUCGACGAUAUACUCAGAUUUUGUUACACCUGUCGACGAGCAGAUACAACAUAUAGACGGAGCAGAAAUGCUUGUUCAGCACCAGCAUCCAGUUCCUCUCCCAACACCACCACCUUCAGCUCCACCAGCAACUUCAGAAUAUCUAGAUCGUCACUACAAUGUACAUAUCUCAUCACCCGCAGCUGUUCAGCUACGUUCCAGACCGGUAGAUACCGACUCGCCGCCACCAAAGACGAAGCAAUCGUUCACAAUCCGUCCAGCGACAAUCGGCGACGCACCGGCAAUUGCACGCCUGGGAUCAACCGUCUUUUCGACCACCUUUGGCUUCAGUAUCCCCACAAACGAUCUGAACGCCUACCUGACCGAGGCGUACAGUGUCGAGGCUAUUGAAGAGGACAUUCGGUGUGCGACCAAGCAUAUUCUCGUCGCCUGUUCCGACAAGUCGUCCAUCCCCGACGCUUUAACACCCAACGAUGACGAUGGUGAUGGGGUCAGCAUGGAGGAAAUCAUCGGCUUCGCCCAGCUCACGGAAGGCACCUCAGAGCCCUGCAUCUCCGACGUAGCGUCCAUUGUCGAAUUGCAGCGCCUGUACGUCUCGACUGCAUUCCAUGGCAACGGGGUCGGCAAGGUCCUAGCGAGCCAAAUCGAGGGAGUCGCCCGGCGUCUGGGCUACAAGGCAUUGUGGCUGGGUGUCUGGGAGGGAAACUUCCGGGCCCAGAAGGUCUACGAGGGGUUGGGGUUUGUGAAGGUCGGCGACCAUGAGUUCAAGAUGGGCAAGUGCAUUCAGAUGGACUGGAUCAUGCUCAAGGAUUUGUGAAUUGUUUUUUUCUUCUUCAUGGGAUCUGGCAGUCUCUUUAUCUUAGCGGGUUUCGAGGGAGGCAUAACCUGAAGGUGGGGGAAUAGAUAUUUGCUCGUCUUUUGGCGUCAUUACAAAUCCAUAGCUUGGCGGCUUGUCCAUCUCCUCACUUCCAGCUUCUCACUUUCCUUCCACCUAGUUGAC